AUGUUCCGGGAGUCCAGAACGUACAAGCAGACAAACUUAGCCGAUCCAGGAAAGCUUUCUACGAAGCGACCAUUCCCAGGAGAUUCUUCAACCUCAUUCAGCGAUUUGGAGCAAGAGUAUGAAGAUAACGCGUUUGCAGCAGCUUACAAUCACCAAUUGGCAAUGUAUUGGAGUUUUCGCGAAGAUCCAUUUGCGAUAGCGACCGAUGCGUUCAACCAGCACUGGACCGAGGAAAGACUUAUAUAUGCACCCUCCAUGGAAAUUGAUUCCCCAGGUAAUUCGAAAAAUGAAGCAGGACAAGACCAAAGAAGCCAUAUCGGUAACCCCCCUAUGGAUGAGCCUAUUUUGGCUCCCCAGCAUCCUACGAGUGAAGAUCUGGUUCUACCAGUCGAAUGGCAGGUGAACAGAAGGUGGAGUUUAAUCGCAUGGCGAUUAUCGACGACCAAAGAGGAGCCCAUGUGGUGCCGGGAAGAGCAAGUUGAUCCGGAAGAUCAUCAACCUGGAUUUUCUGCUGACGAUCAACAUCUGUUGAAUGGGUAUGGGUCUGCCAUCGCCUCGUACUUAAAAGUCAUCCAUCCUCCAAAGCCACCCAUUGCCGGCGAACCGGAUAUGGUCCAGUUUUUCAAGGCGACGAUCUUUUGCGCGAAAAUAAAGACAGAUAGUUGUUUGUCCUUUGCAACCAUCCAAUAA